AUGGUGCGGAGCAAAGAGCCGUCAAAGAAGAAGCAGCCCAAGGACCCGCUACUGACGCCUCCAUCCAAGCCCAGGGGUGGUGGCUUCCUGGACGAGGGCCGCCCGUGGAACCGCGGCGGCGCGGCCAUGUCCCCGGCGCCGGCGUCGGUGCCCAGCUACAUGCGGGGCACCAGCAGCUCCGACGCCAAGGCCGGGCGCCGCGGGCGGCCUGCGGCGUCCGUGUCGGCGUCGGCGUCCCCGGCGAGGUGGAGGCCCGCGGCGUCGGUGUCAGCGUCCGCGUCGCCCGCGAGGCGGAGGCCGGCGGUACGGGUUCUGACCAAGGGGAAGGUUUUGUUCGCUGAGGAGGAGGCACCUGGCUCCGGCCUGGGCCGCGCCACGUGCUCCUCGACCAUGAAGGACACCAAGUUCCCCGACGCGCUCGACCUCGCACCGGGCGCCACCGACGCCGAGGGCCCCGCGGCGCUGCGGGUGUGCCCCUACACCUACUGCUCCCUCAACGGGCACGUCCAUGCGCCGGCGGUGCCGCUCCGGAGCUUCCUCGCGUCGCGCCGCCGGCUCAUCAAGACGCAGCAGAGCAUGAAGCUCAAGGGCGUCUCGGCCUUCCGCAAGAAAUCAGGGGAGAAGACCAGCGGCGGGAGUGGCGGUGGAGGUGCAAAGAUCGCGCCUUUGAUCGAUGAGGAGGCGGUCGGCGACUUCUUCGUCGAGGUGUAUGGCGGCCCGAGGGUGAGCUCGGACAUGAGCUGCAGUGACAUGUCUCUGGACGAGAUGGAUGCCAUGGUGCGGAGGAUGGAGUUCGUCGUGUUCGAUCGGUGCGGCGCGGACGAGGACGGUGAGAAGGGGAAGGAUCUCGCUGUUUGCGAUGAUGGUGAACCUGAGCCUCGCCCAGUGUUGAAAGAGAAGCAUGGUGCCUUCAGGGACAGCUUGUCGGACUGCAGUGGAGCGCACACCGGCAGCGAUUUCGUCGAGGAGUUGCCAUGGUUGAGGUACCACGGAUACGAGUAUGAUGAUAGCUUGGAUGAUGAGAUCUUGGAAGAACAGAGAAUUAGAGAGGAGGAGGUUGUUGAAGCAGAGUUUUCUGCGGAGCAAGAAGAGGAACAAGGAACAUCUGGUAGAUCCUCUGAUGAGUACAAAGAGGGUGCUGCUGAAGGACAGGAAGAGAACGAUGAGGAAAACACAUCGAAUUUGGUCCGUGACCAAGAGAUCCUUGCAGAUCAAGGUGUGGCUUGCAGAGUGGAGGCAUGUGAGGAGCUGGAUGGAAGAGAUGAUGACAACAUCCUGGAGGCAUCUGUUGAACAAGGGACGGCAGAAGAGAAGCUCUCUGACGACAUCUACAAAUCUGAGAUACCUGAUCAAGAAGUAACAGCAAGGGCAGGUGUUACUCUGGAAGGACAGAGAAUUAGAGAGGAGGAGGUUGUUGGAGCAGAGUCUUCUGCAGAGCAAGAAGAGGAACAAGGAACAUCUGGUAGAUCCUCUGAUGAAUACAAAGAGGGUGCUGCUGAUGAGGAAAACACAUCGAAAUUGGUCAGUGACCAAGAGAUCCUCGCAGAUGAAGGUGUUGCUUGCAGAGUGGAGGCAUGUGAGGAGCUGGAUGGAAGAGAUGAUGAGAACAUCAUGGAGGCAUCUGUUGAACAAGGGACGGCAGAAGAGAAGCUCUCUAAUGAUACCUACAAAUCUAAGAUUCCUGAUCAAGAAGUAACAGCAAGGGCAGGUUCUACUCUGGAAGAUAGCUUCAGAGAGGAUAUUUCAUCGGACCAAGAGGCAAACGAUUAUGAUGAAGAAGAUGAGUGCCAUGUGGAAUCUGAUGGCGAAUCAGAGGUCACUGGGGAGCAGGAUCUGGAGGAUCAACAGAGCAUGCCAGAUGAUGGCUCUGAAAUGGAAAUUUCUGAGGACACUAUCUCUGGUGAUGGAUGCAAAGAGGAUUUUUCUGAGGAAGUAACCUCCGCAGCUGUGUUUGCAGGUGAAAUUUCUUACUUCAGUUCAAUUGAUUGUCGAGAUGCUGAUAUCAACAUAUUAGUAAUCGAUAACCUUAACCAAAAUGAUUGUAAUGCAGAUGAUGUGUUUGAACAAUAUGACAAGACUGUGGAUGAUGUACUUGAACAAGAUAGCAGCCCUACUAAUGCUCAAAUGGAAUUGGGUAACCCAACAAGCAAAAAGGUAGACGCUUUUGAAGAAACUGCUAUUGUGCAACAAAUCAAUCAAGACAGCAAUGUGGAUACUCAAAAGAAAUCGGAGAUUACGGCAUUCAUAUUGGAAGAAUCUGGUAUUGCUCAGCAAAGCAACCCUGAUGGUGGUAAAAUGGAACCAGAGGUUACUGUGUGCAAGUUGAAAGAUGCUUCUGAAGAAUCUGGUGCCUGCCCUGAAAGCAACCUACAUGAUAAUACAGAGUAUGUUACAGAUGAUGCUGAAAUGGGACAAGAAAUUACCAGAUGCAAGUUGGAAGAUGCAUCUAAAGAAACUUAUCAAGAAACCUUAGAAGAUGAUAGCUCCACAUGUGUUAUUGUUGAUGAUAGAAACAAUUUGGAGAUCAAUAACUGCAAAUCAGAAGAUGUUUCCAAAGAGUCUGUUACCAUUCUGGAAGCUGAUCAUAGUGAUAACUCUGCAAAUUUCAGUAAUGAUGUUCAAGGAACUGCAGAAGAUCAUGAUUCAUGUCUCAAUGAUGAUGCCCAAAAUGAUAUCCAAAUCACCGGGUGCAAAUCGGAAGACACUUGCAAAGAAUUUGAUACCGUGAAAGAUAAUGAUCAGAGUGAUAGUUCUGCAAAUGUUAGAUCUGAUGCUGAGGAAACUGUAGAAGAUGGUGGUUCUGUGUGUAUCAGUGAUGAUUCUCAAAAUGGUUUGAAGAUUUCCAUGUGCAACUUGGAAGAUGCUUCCAAAGAACCUUCUACUGUUCAAGAAGCUGAUCGGAGUGAUAGUUCUGCAAAUGCAAGUGCUGAUGCUCAAAAUGGAUCUGAGCUUACCACAAGUGAGUUGGCAGUCAUUACCAUCAGUAAUGACAAGGAAAAUGAAUCCAAGCUUUUCACAUGCAACUCAGAAGACGUUUUUGAAGAAUCUAUUAUUGGUCAAGAAGCUGACCAUGAUGGUAGCUCUGUAUAUCUCAGUUAUGGUGCUCAAAAUGAAUAUGAGGUUACCACAUGUCAUUCAGAAGGUGCUCAAGUGGAAUCAGAUGUUAUUCAAGAAGAUGAGGAUGAGGAUGAGGAUAAAACUGCAGGCACUGAAAAGAAAUUGGAAUCUGCAGCAUGUGAAUCAGGAGGUGCUUCUUUAAAACCUGCUAUGCAUCAAGAGGCUGCUGGAGAUAUUAAUACCACAGAUGCAAGUAAAGAUAUUCAUGUUACUGAAGAAACUAAUCAAUCAUUCAAUGUGCAAAUGCCAGCAGAAUUUACUGAUGCAAAAGAACCUUCUAUUGAUGACAUAUGUGGUGCAUUCAACGGAAUGAACCUCAAAGGGGAUGUAUAUUUUGAUCCUGCUGAGUCUGCCACAUGUCCGAGGAGCAAAUUGAUCAUCUCCAGGAGGAGGAGAACACCGGAAGAGGAGGAAUACUUGCGAGGUUUCAAUCCACGGGCACCGAAUUUUCUUCCUCUGGAAUUGGAUCCAGAUGCAGAGAAGGUUGACCUCAAGCAUCAAAUGAUGGAUGAACGGAAGAAUGCUGAAGAAUGGAUGAUUGAUUAUGCGCUUAGGAGGGCACUGACAAACUUAGCUCCUGCACGGAAGAAGAAAGUGGAGCUUCUUGUCCAGGCCUUCGAGACUGUCCUACCGCAUGAUGAGGAUGAUAAGAAAAACAUCUCACCCUCAAGGCCUAUCCAACCCUGCAACUGA